AUGGAUGCAAAAAGCUGGGAAGUUAAUAGAAGUGUAUACAAAAAGCUGGGAAAUGAAGUCAAUCUAAGUGGGGUCUACAAGACUCCUGUGUAUCCCACUCUGCUAGAACUAUACAGCUUGAAAGCUCAAUCAUCAAUGGCGGAUGCCGGGAUUGUUCUUGUGGCAACAUUCUCCGAGCUGACAAUUUCCUGGCUAAACCUUCGCCAGCAAAAUUCUCGGGAAAAUCUGUUUCAGACUCAUCCCAGAACCAUGAAUGUUGCAGUGAAAUCUUUGGUAAUGUGUUGGCUUUUAUACGGAUUUCAGCUGAGAUAUCCCAGGCUCUAUGUGGGUGUUGUUCCCCUUGCCGUGGACUUCUUCGGAUCACUAUCAACGGCGAGUGCCCUCUCAUGUCUGCUUCCCGACUCCGUUCGACCAAUCAUGUAUUUCCUGGGACUCCUUAUGCCGAAGAAUCGUUUGGUCAUUUCUGUCACGCGGAUUUUGCAAGAAAUGGGAAAGACGAUGAUGAUGAAUCAUAUGGUUCCAAGAAGAAAUUAG